AUGUCGGAGAUCACACUCGAUUUCCUGCAGGGUUUGCUCAAAGAUGAAUACCCUGAUGUCAGCAUUCAGCAGUUUGAGGGCGCUCCAGGCUCCAAACGAGGUGAUAACUACACUUCAAUGGUUUACCGAAUCACCUUGAGUGGCAUCCGAAGACACGUUGAACCUGAUGGCUCCAGCGAAAGUGAUGAGCCUUGGGAAAGUUCUAUCAUCUACAAAUGUCUCCCAGAGAGCAUCUUGCGAAGAGAGGCUUUCAAAAGCGAUGAGCUGUUCUGCAAUGAAGUCGCGUUUUACACUAAAAUCUGGCCAGCUUUAGUCGACUUUCAGAAACAGUGGAAUGUUCCCAACCCAUUCAAGGCGAUCCCGAAAUGUUACUUGGCCCAAAAUGAUUGUGUUGUGCUGAAGGACCUGAAGAGGGAAGGGUAUGUGAUGCCGGAUAGGCACCAAGGUCUCACUAUAGAGCAAUGCUACUUCGUGUUGAAGCAUUUGUCGCAGUUCCACGCAUUGUCGCUAGCUAUGAAGUGCCACAACCCUGAAGCUUUCUACGAGUUGUUGAAUAUUAAGGACGGCAUUACUGAAGUAUUCUACGUCGAAGAAAACGUGGAUUACUACAGAAAUUAUUACAUGGAAGCUACAAGGAACGCCAUAGCUAUGGUAGAGCAGGAGUUAUCUGAUGCGGAAGACAGAGACCACUAUUUGGAGAAGUUUAAAAGCUUCUGUAGUGAGGAAACCUUCUUCCAUACCAUGGUGGAGCUGGUUACUCCUAAGGAACCCUUAGCUGUCAUUGGACAUGGAGACUGUUGGACCAAUAACUUCUUGUUUAAAUACGUAGAUGGUGAUAUAGCUGAUAUGUAUAUCGUGGACUUCCAGCUGGUCCGCUACGCGUCUCCAGCUCUCGACCUGGUGUACAUUAUGUACUUGUGUUUGGAUCGCCAGCAGCGAGCUGAACACCUUUCCUCACUCCUGGAGUACUACACUGAUGAACUGCAUCGAAGGCUAGUGAUGAUGAGCGAUGAGGAUUCUGUAUUUAAUACCAGCUUGAAUAGGGAUGCUUUGUUUGAAUUAUUACAAGAGGAAUUCAAACGAGCUGGCCGGUUUGGUCUCGGCAUUGCAGUGGACAUGUAUCCCAUCAUGACAUGCGAUAGUGAUGAGGCGCCUAACUUGUAUCAACAUGAGGACAGCGAGUCAUCAUCAACAUCGCGUGUCCAGCCAGUACAGACUAACAGUGCAGCUUGCAGCCGAAAGAUGACAGAGCUGGUCAUCGAGCUGGUGGACGCUGGAAUCCUUUGA